AUGGCUGGCCACAAACGAACCCGGACCGGAUGCUGGACUUGCCGCGAAACGGGCUAUAAAUGCGACGAACAGAAACCUCAUUGUGGACGCUGCAUCCGCUUGAACAAAGAGUGUAAGGGGUAUGGAGUCAAACUCAAAUGGAGAAAUGCUGCCGUCACGACAUCCAGCGAGCCUCGUAACGCCGGACGAGGAGGAUCAGUCGACCAAACGUCAGUCGCAAGCCCAUCGUCCAUUUCCAGCCCGGUCUCGGUCUCCAGCAUUAGGUCUGCACCGGCAAUGCUUGACAAGCCACCGCAUGAAGGUCUUCGAGAGACCGCUAUGGCUUUAACUCCGGCUAUACCGCCUCAACUGGCCCCUGACCUCUCCCAGAGUGACAGGCGGCUCCUACACUACUGGAUUGAACAGCUUUCCUUGCUGAUAUCCGUUGCUCCGAGGAGGCGACAGCCGAACCCCUUCCAAGUCCACUUAGGUUCGAUGGCCUACAACUACGGCGCCUUGCGAUCGACCGUUCUGUCUAUGGCCGCGAAUCACCUUGCCGUAGUUUCGAACGACGUCACCCUCCGGAUUCAGGCAUACCGCCAUCAGCGAGAUGCUGUCAUCCUUCUCCAACAACUUAUCCAAGACCCGCACCAGGCAGAGUUGGAGCAAGCCCUGGCCACUGUCAUGAUGAUGCAAGUGUCCGCGCGCUUGCUUGGAGAAGAGGAGGAGCCUCAUGUGGCAAACCACUUAAUCGGAGCUAAAGCAAUGAUUGCUCGGAAUGGCGGUCUGGCCGCGUGGAAUACGUCAGCUAGCGCAAGGUUCCUGCUCAGCCUAUUUGCAUAUCACGAUAUCUUAUCGUCUGUCUCGAGAGGAUCGCGACCUCUUGUCGACCAUACAUCUGAAUUCCGUGCGAUCGAGGGUGCGGCCAGUAUGGAAAGCGUUGCUGAAGUACUCCACGUCGUUGCGCGGAUUAGCGAGCUGCAGCACAAAGCAAAGUCAGAGAGAAAUUCCUCAAAUCAAUCAAACCUGUCCGAGGAAAGUUUUGCGCUCGGGACUGAGAUUCAGCAAAGCCUGCUCGCCAUGGACUUCCCAUUAGGAAAGGGCGACCCCGAAGACUCCAGAGAUAUCAAUCUUACAGCGCAGGCGUACCGACAUGCCGCAUUCAUAUAUCUCUACCGGGGUUGGUUGGAUGUUGGUGCUCCGAACCCGAGCACUCUGAACCACGUUCAGCAAUGCAUCACAUGCAUCGAGCAGAUUAGCGUCGAUUCUUCUCUUGCCUCAUCGCAUAUUUGGCCGCUGUUCACUGCCGGAUGCGAGGCCGUCGACGAUGCUCAACGACAGUUUAUUAGGGAAAGAUUUCAGGCUAUGUACCAAUCCCGGAAGUUCCCAAGUCUGAGAAGAGUUAUGAGAGAUAUUGAGGAGGUUUGGGCGGCGAAAGACAUGGAACAAAUCACGAAUGGAUUGGAUGGGAUGUCCAAAAUUGAUUGCAUUCAAGUCAUUCUACGACGGCGAGGCCGAGAAGUGGAUCUUGCAUGA